AUGGAUACUAUAUUCUUUUACCUGGAUUUUGGUGAAAAUACAAGAGGUAAUUUAAGGCGAAGCCGCCAAAAAGUUAGGGAUACUGCUGAUGAUGUACUCCGGUUGCCUGAUGAUAUGUUUUUAAAACAGUUUCGGCUUAAUAAAGCAGCCUUUGAAUAUAUUUUGAACAUAUUGAAUGGAAAAAUGCCUCCCGUUCGAAGAUCAUGGUCGAUAUCACCAAAGCUUAAGCUUGAAGCAUGCUUAAGGUUUUUGGCCGAAGGGGGCUAUCAAAAUGGUACUGGACCUGAUUUUAACAUAGGAAUGGCGCAGUCAACAAUUUCUACAGUACUUUCAGAUGUUUUAAAUAUCUUAGAGGCUACAUUAUGUCCUAGAUGGAUAAGCUUGGCAAUGACCGAGACUGAAGAGCUUGAAGCCAAAAGAUAUUUUUUUGGAAAAACAAGAAUUCCCGGCAUAGUUAUGUGCGUAGAUGGCACCCACAUAAAAAUUUUGAAACCUGCUGGAGACAAUUCGCAUCUUUAUUAUAAUAGGAAAGGAUAUUACAGUAUUAAUGCAAUGAUAAUAUGUGACCAUAAUCAGCGAAUAAGGUAUGUGAACAGUAGGUACGCAGGUGCAAGUCACGAUUCUUUUAUUUGGGAAAAUAGUGAGGCUUCAAGACAUUUCCAAACCAUGUAUGAAAAUGGACACAGAAGCACUAGAUUGUUGGGUGACUCUGGAUACCCACUUUUACCCUGGUUGAUAACGCCCUUCCGAAAUGCCGGAGCGAAUACACCCCAAAGCCGUUUCAAUAAAAGCUAUAGCUCGGGUCGCAAUAUUGUUGAACGCACAAUAGGUGUCUGGAAGAAUUGGUGUCGAUGCUUGCUCUCAGCUCGCCAACUUCAUUAUUCUCCGGAAAAAGUGGCUCAAAUUGUUAAUGUUGCGGCGGCACUUCACAACAUUCGGAUCCAUUAUAAUAUUUCAGACGAAUAUUUAGAAGGGGCUUUUGAAAGUGAAGAGUAUGAAAAUGGCGAGCCUGUACAACAUCAAAGAUAUACCAAUGAAGCAAACCAAAUCCGGAAUGAAAUGCUACACAGCUUUUUAUAAAGAAACAUUUUUUUGUUUUCAUUUCACGUACAUAAAUAUAUGUAUGUUUGUAUAUAUUUCUUAAGAACAAAAUAAAAACAGCCUUCUUGGCAAAUGUUGCACAUUAAAACUUAAGCUUAAAAUAUAAAAGCCUUCUUGGCAAAUGUUGCACUUUAAAACUUAAGCUAAACAAAAUUUCUAA